GCCGCGCUACCUGCUCUCCCGCGUGAUAACAAGUUCGCUCGUGGCUGCUGCUUCCGGACUCCUGGUCUUGGCGUCUAGACGAACGGGAUGGCGGCGCAGUUGUUGCCCAGCGCGAGGUGGCAGUAUUGUGGGGAGCCGGACAAAAGCCAGAGAGCUGUACUGGUCCAGUUCUCCAAUGGGAAGCUGCAAAAUCCAGGCAAUAUGCGCUUUACCUUGUACAAGAGCAGCGACUCCACAAACCCUAGGAAGAGGAGUCAGCGGAUCCUGGCAGCUGAAACAGAUAGACUUUCCUACGUGGGAAACAAUUUUGGGACUGGAGCCCUCAAAUGCAACACUCUGUGCAGGCACUUUGUGGGAAUUUUGAAUAAGACCUCUGGUCAAAUGGAAGUGUAUGAUGCUGAAUUGUUCAACAUGCAGCCUCUGUUUUCAGAUGAAUCAGUGGAGAGUGAAUCUACAGAGAAUCAGACCAAAACUUUCAGAGAAAAGAUGGACUCUUGCAUUGAAGCCUUUGGUACCACCAAACAGAAGCGGGCGCUGAACUCCAGGAGGAUGAACAGUGUUGGCAGUGACUCUUUGAACCGCGCAGUUGCUAAAGCAGCAGAGAGUAUCAUCGAUACAAAGGGUGUAACUGCUCUGGUCAGUGAUGCCAUCCAGGAUGAUUCACAAGAUGACUCCGUCUACCUCCCUCCCUGUCACGCUGAUGCAGCCAAGCCUGAAGACGUGUAUAAAUUUGAAGACCUUCUUUCCCCUUCGGAAUAUGAAGCUCUUCAGAGCCCAUCUGAAGCUUUUAAGAAUGUCACGUCAGAAGAAAUACUGAAGAUGAUCGAGGAGAACAGCCACUGCUGCUUUGUCAUAGAAGCGCUGAAAUCUUUGCCACCCGACGAGGAGCGCCGAGACCGCCAGGCCCGGUGCCUGUGGUUUCUGGACACCCUCAUCAAGUUUCGAGCACAGAAAGUAAUUAAGCGGAAAAGUGCUCUGGGGCCUGGAGUCCCACACAUCAUCAACACCAAACUGCUGAAGCACUUUACCUGCUUGACUUACAAAAACGGCAGUUUACGGAACUUCAUUUCGGAUUCUAUGAAGGCAAAGAUCACUGCGUAUGUGAUCAUACUCGCCUUGCACAUACAUGACUUCCAGAUUGACCUGACAGUGUUGCAGAGGGACUUGAAGCUCAGUGAGAGGAGGAUGAUGGAGAUAGCAAAAGCCAUGAGGCUCAGGAUCUCCAAAAAAAAGGUGACUCUGGCCGACGGCAGGGAGGAGGAUCACAAGCUGGGCACGCUGCACAUCCCGCUGCCUCCGGCCCAGAAUGCAGAUCGCCAGGCAAAGCGGAGGAAGAUUACCUAGAGGUGUGCUUUCCAGACUGGUCAUUUGGCCACAUUGCAGUGCUCGUUCUGUUCAUUUCCAGUUUCAUUCUUAAAACAAGACAAAGGAAGAAGCCCUGUUUGGGCACAGGCAUGAAGUCAAAAGCCAGCGUCUGUCAUGCUGGUCUCAAGCAGACAGAAUGUGACCGCCACCAUGGACUUUCUCCUCCACAAUGUUCCUGGUGUUGGUUCACACGUGGGGGUGUGGGGGGGGUGGGGUUUUGGCAAAAGAUCUCACUAGGCUGGAGCCUGGGCCACCUCUCAUGGAUGAAGAUUAAUAAAGAGAACUGUAAGGUGCUGUGCUUAGGUCUGGAAAGAUCAGUGGAGUCCAGAGAGAGGAGACUGCAGCUCAUCAGUGAGAUGGCCGAAACAGGCUGAUCUAGUUGGAGCCUGCCAGCAGGCAGGAGGCGCUUCUCAGGUGCUGUGCCGGCCUCUGGCCACAUAGGGAUAGGUUGUGAAAGCCACACUUUUUAGGGUGGAGGAAUCAGUCACAGUUUAGUGCAGAACUCUACUGUUACAGAUCUCAGAAAAGGAGCUUAAUAGAUGGGUAGAAUGUUGAAGGGUUGCAGGAGUGGGGUGAGGUUGCCACCUCUGGAGUGGCUGUUUGCAGGCGUCAGGAGCCUCUUCUACCCCACAGCUGCUGCUUGGAUUCAUGGGACUGCUGACUUGACGCUGGAAUGUGAGUGCGUCCCACUUGCAAUACUCAACUGUUCUACCCACCUGCCGAUCAGCACACAUGGCCCAAACAUCAAGACACAUGUCAGCUUCUCAUAGGAAUCCAGGCUGAUGGGAGCAGCCUCAGCUGACAGUGGCUGGUCUGUAGCAGAGGAGGGGCAAGCUUUGUGCUGGGCAUAGGGACACAGGGCGUGGCGCCACAGGAGGGCGUAGGAGGGCCAUCAGGCAAUCAACACUCGGUGCAGAGGACUCUGCCCUCGGCUGGUGGAGUUGGGUAUGAGCUCGUAGGGACUCAGCACAAUGAAAAGCAGGGAAGGAGUUCCACAGAUGUGAUGAUGGAGAAAGGUCCUGGGUGUGGGUAGCAUUUAGCCAGGGAGAUUUCUUUUGGCUCAGUGAAAGAAAAACAGAUGGAAUAAGUUCUGUGGGUGGGUUUGGCUCUUAAGCUUCUGUGCAGCAGUGCCACAGAAACUGCUUCUGUGCACAUUCAUUGGCUAAGUCAAGUCACAUUUUAUGGGAUCUGGAUGAGUGGGAUAGGAGUACGUAAUUCUUAGUGAGGACAGUAAAAAUGUGAAGUAAUUGUCACAGUUGGUGAAUAUCUUCAUUUAAUACGGCAG